GCCGCGAAGCUCCAUGGAAGCCAACAACAGCAAGGAGGAUGAUAUCGAAGUAGAUCAUUACUUCCUUCCAGGAGGUAUAUUGGAUACGCACCACGAGGAGGAUAUGAUCGGCGGGUCGCUUUUGGAUGAAAUCGGAGGAGUGGGCAAUGUGACGGCGCUCCACCCAGCGAAACAAAUGGCAAGUAGGAUAGUGGGCUCGGGCCCACGCACCGACCUCCCCCCAGCAGCAACAGCGAGUGACAGACGACCUCAGCAGUUCCAUAGGAAAAUCACCAGCGUUAUUGGUGGAGGCCCGACCCGAUUAUCUGUGGAAGGCACGAACCCCAUGGCGAAGGAAUUCACGCCGUCAACAUGUUCCAUUCCAGCAGACGCUGCCGUAGAACUUCCUACAGGUAGCCUCCAUGCGCAUUCUCGACAUCCAGCACCAGAAACCGUAAACCGUGUAUUCUCAGCUGCUGUUGGUUCCGAGGUGAAGACUGCCGCGGCUGAGCUGCCAUACCGUACGGCGAUGCAGCGACAGUCUCGGAAUCUACAGGGGCCACCCGGGCCGCCAGGCCCAAUCACCCCCCCGCAGCCCGCUGCUCAACGUUCGCUUGGGGACCGAGCGCAGCAACACCCAAGGCACCAGCCAGGAGGCAAGCCGUGGCCGGUUCGGGCAACUGUCACACAUUCCCAUCCUGGACCGACAUUGCCCUCUAAACACCGACUGACUAUCGCGAAGGGCGGCAGUAGCACGGGGCGUGACCAUGUUCAUGACGACACAGUUGGCCGCGGCCAACGCGUGGACCAAGUCCAGGCUGUGUCUCGGGGGCCAUCUCGCAACAGAAUCCAGGCGCAACCUGGUGUUCGCCGAGUUUCCCACGGUCAGGCAAACAGCCCACACCAGGAUGCUUCAACAAAGGUUUCCUCCAGGCGACAGGAGGAUUUUGUCGAUCACACCGCGCAGCCUUCUGUGGGUUCGCGUCUGGAGUCUGCAAGGGAUGACUCUUCACAACAACCCAUGUCAACGUCAUUGUUUCCGGUGGAGCAAGGUCAAGAGAUGUUGCCGCCGCAGGCGUCAAACGGGUUGUCGUCAUCUGCCCAGCGGCAGGGAUCACAUGCCGAACGCACAGCGCGCGAUGAUGGCGAGCCAUCUUUACCGGCUACAAGUAGCAGCGGAACUCCGCAACAAUCUUCGUCGUCUGGUCGAAUGAGCAGCAGCAACGAACGGAGUUCUCGGCAGGCGAGACCUGAAGAUGAAUCAGCAUGUCACCUACAAUCGCAUGUGCACAAGGAGAAGGACAAGGGAAAAUUCAAGAAGAAGGAUGACAGAACCUACAGAGCCGCACCCAACAAGCAAGUGCUCGGAACCGCGGUCAAGGAACCCAGUAGAAUGAAAUUGGGUACCCGUCCAAGUCUGUCACAAAAAAUCAGGCUGAUGGGCGGAUACUUGCGCAGUUCGUCCCUCGGAAUCGUGGCAGCAAUCGUGCGAACGAUCGCUUGGCAGCUGAACAGGUUGCGUCUGGUUAGGCGCAUGCUCACCUUGGUGUCAUUUGCCGCGUCUUCUUCGGUGUCCCUGCUGAGUGCAGUGAUCCUCAGUACGUCUUGGCUGUUUUUGCUCGGACUGCGACUUCACUCUCUGGCGCUCAAAGAAAUCACAGGCAGCAUUCACGUCGCGGUCUGCUUCCUCUUCCCGUACUGCUUUCAGUACCUGGUAUCGGCAAUCGACGAGUGGGCGCCCCACUGGCUUCCGGCCUGCCUGUGGUACAGCUUCCUGAUGCAGAUGUUCUGCACUUCCAACCAUCAGUACAAGCAUUCGAUGUCUUCCCACCUUGUUCCAGCUCUUCGUGCCCUACUGCCGGUGGCGUUCCUCUGUGAGGUACCGUCAGGACGCAGCUAUCUUUUGGCGCUGGGUGGGUCCGAACUGCUCCUACUGUCCUUCACAUUGGCAGCAGUGAGGCUUCGGUGCAUUUUCAGCCCGAUUUUUCUCCUGUCGUGGUCUUGUCAGGUGUUUGCCCUGGCGACAUGUGGCUCUUCUGCUUCUCUCCAGUACGGCCAGGUCCUCGUGUCGCUGGCAUCACUUCAUGCGGUGUCUAUGGUGGACGUAAUGCUCAACAGCAGGUUCUACCACGCGAGGUACAGGGCAGGCAUGAGCCUUACGAAUGGAUUUCGGACCGUCCCCUGACCGCCCCACACAACACAGCAAGAUGCAGAGGUUUCUAGCAGCGCGUUCGCGCAAGGCCCCGAGAAGAAGAUGAUGCGCCGUCGGUUUGGCAUCACAGAAGGAUUGUACACUUACUCCAGACCUACACGGAGCGAGCCAACGCGACCUUAGUUUCCUCUAUUCUUGCUCGUAUUUUGAUGUGCAUUGGAGGCCGUCCGGAUGUACAGCGAUGCAACAAUGUUCAUU